AUUCAAGUUCUCCAAUUACUAAAUAACAGUACUUAAAGUACCAUUUUUCCCUAUGAAAGUAUGACAGUCAUUGAAACUUUGAUAAAGGGUUUAUGAGAAUAUUACAAAAUCUGAUUCAGAGAUACUGUGUAUUAACAUGACAUGUUGUGCAGAGAAUUGUCCAAAUCGUUUAGGAAAUGAAGUUUCUUUCCCGAAAGUUCUAAAAAAAAUUCCAAAGAAUGAAGAGUUACGAGCAAAGUGGAUAUAUCAAAUUAAUAGACCGAAUUACAAAUUUGAUACAAACAGCUAUGUUUGCGAGCAGGUAUCUUGCAGUAAUGUUAUUAUCUAAAAUUUAGUUUAAUUGGUGCAUGUAUUUCAUGGAUUUAUAGUUUCACUUCGCACCUGACCAAUGGGAGAACAUAGAUGCUUGGCAGCUGAAAAGGACUGCAGUACCUACAUUGUUUUGCUUCUGCCCUAAAAACAGAUUACCCCUCAAAUUAUGCGAGAACUUAAUUCAUGACCACCACUAUUCGUCAUCCCCAUUUUUACCUGCGAGAGUAUUGUCACCUGUAACUACAAGAACAGUCUCCCAGAUAGAUCAUUUGUAUUGCAAUGAGAAAGAAAAUGAGAAGUAUAUAAACCCAAGGAAGAGAGACAGACCUUUUAAAGGAAGUCAAGUUGAUCAUGAGUAUGCUUGUCCCAUGAAAUUACGAAUAAUAGACCAUGAUUACACAAUGUUGUUACCCUACAUAAGAUGGACAUGAGGAGUUUAUACCUAUCACGAAUAUAAGCAAGACUGAAGGAUUAGCCUACUUUACUUCCUUCUUAAAGUACUUUUACAGAACCCUUUAUCGAGUACUGUAAACACAGAUUUCACUUAUUCAAACAAACAUUCCUUAAAUACAAUAAAAAUCUCAUGUUCCGCGUCGAAUUCGGAAAAAAGGGAAUCAAGUGAAUUUGGAACUAAAGUUCACAACAUGAACUCUCUUUGACCAUAAUACAAAGGCAGACAAAAUAAAAGGCAAAUACAUCCUAAUUCGCAUUUUGAAACUUAACACAGUACUCUCCGAAGGAGUCAUGUCCGGAAAGCACCUACGUGAGACGGAAGGUUAACCUAACCCGCCUCCUGCACCAUGUUCAAAUAUAGACAAGAUAGGAAUCUCGCGAUAAUUCUACCUCACACGUACCGGCCGGUGAUACCACUUCUUAGGAGAUGAGGUAGGAAUUAUUUUCACUACAAACUUGAGCAUUGUUCCACCGAUGGCGCCACUGAUACAAAUUCUUAAGAUUACUCGCUCACUUAGCGGCUUAGUGAGCGGCGGCAUUUAUGGAUGCACCCAAUUAAUCGAAUGUUACAAAUUCGAACUAUUUACGUGAAGUUAUAUAUAAACAUAUAAUUAGAUGAAUUUGAUAAUUAGAUAAAAAGCAGGUAAAUUAUUUCAGGGUAUAUAUAGACACUAAUAUUAAAAGUUUUAACAGAAGUAUCGAGUCUAUAUCUUACUAUGUAGCGAGCAGGUGCAUCCACCGUGCAGAUAAUAUCUCUGUGGUUUUACGUACAGCGUCGUACAGUCCCGUUCUGACGUAACAUCGUUACGUCAGAACCUAACUGUAGCACGCAAAAGGGAUAGUACGCGUGGGUGUACUGGACGGAUGAAUACAGAGGGGGGCAGGGAAACGCAUGGAGAAGGUGGAACGUCAAUAGGAGAAUUCUUUGGGUGCAGGGUGGGGAAGAUCGUGCGAAAAGAGGGGCGAACGUAGGAGUUUGCGAUCAAAGAGGGAUGGAACCAGGGCCGUAGCAAUCGGGGCACCAUCGCGUAUAUAAUACUUUUACAUGAGGAUAUAUGUGAGCAAAAAAGAAAUUAGGCGUCCUCGGAAAUUGAAAAUAAUAUUUACUGCGCAUAAAACUUCAACAACGAUGUUUUCGAGAACUGUGCCUUAGCGCAUCUAUUUUUACCAGAAGAAUUUAAAUUAAAUUUUUUAAGGUAAAAGCUUUUCUUCGUAAAAGUGCAAAAACAAAAUGUUUUCCGCGAAGAAAAGUAUAAGUUCGAAUGAAGAAAUAGAGAAUUUUCAAUAAUGGAAGUUAAGAGACAGAGGCAGGAAGAGAGGGAGAGAUUUGAAGUUAUUUAAGAAAGGAGAAAUGUUAAAAUUUUACUAUAAGAUAUGAAAGUAUAAAUACUAAAGUUACACUUAAAUAUGAAAGCAUGAAGUGUCAAAGUUACACUUAAACACGAAGGAAAUCCUCCACCCUUCAAAAAAUAAAUUCCAAGAAACUUUCGAAGCUUUUUGUACCCAUUCGACCAUGUCUCUAACUUCAGGAGAGUUGAGUUAUAGCACCCGGUAAACUAUAACGACUAGACAACCCUUGUUUUUACGACUCCAUAGCCUUUUAUUAGACAAGAUUCUUCAGCAUCCCUUGUUUUCUCUUUACGACUACGGUACUGCCGCGAACGACACGCUGGGGGUGAAAGCCAGCGUAAGUACAGCCAGUUAUGUUUGCCUCGCAUAGUUUUCGGGGGUGUUUCACGUGGAGAUCUCCGGGACAGAAUAAUUCAAGGCAUUUACUAUAAUAGCCACGGUGAAAAUUAUCGAUCGAUGUUUCCCUGACAGCGAACGUUUCGUUGCUGGAACGUGCCCCACCUGAAUUAACAACCUCGUUCCCCUGCGACCAGUACAAACAGGAGGACGAUUUAACUUCUAUGUUUCAAUCUACUUUUCAAAUAUCGCAGAUUUUCAUUUAGGGAAAAUGGAGGAAAAUCAAUAUUCCAGUUGGGGGGGGGGGGGGGGUCAGGGAAUGACCCAAGAGAGGAUUUUAAUUAUAAAUAAGUAUUAACAGAGAACAAUAGAAGCUAUUUAAGCUUCAUUGAAGCUCAUAAAACCUCACCAAACCUCAAUUGUAUCGAAGAAUAGGGUAGGAUUGUAUCCAUUCGAAUAUCUACGGUGUUCUGAUGAAUUAUUUUUUAGAUAUACACAGCAAAAUAUAGAUAAUAUGUACAUAAAUACAAACAAAUAUACAUAAUUCGUCCUAAAAUUAAUUGUUAUCAAUGGGUGAUUUAAUUUAAUUAAUUCAAUUAAACCUAACAGGUUUCAAUUUAUCAAGACCUAACCCAGAAAUAUUCCCAAGUAUUGCUAGCAGUUAACCUAUCAAAGUAAGCUUAAAUUUCCUCUGGAAGGCGAACAAUUCCACUUAAUUUCUGCACGAGCCAGCCAAUGCUCGUCGUUAAAUCAUCCGGAAUCAUUUGAAUCGCGGAGGGUUGGUUUCACCUUUCCAACACCAUUGUGCCAAGUCUCGCAUCGCCUCGGUGUUCAGGAAUUCCCGACUUCCGGGCUUAGGAGCCGGAUCAAAACAAGUCCUGUCCAUUCAACCAGGCCGGAAAGACAGACACGGUCUAGAUAAACGCGUAUCUAGAUAGCACGUCUGCGUACAAACGUUCAGCCAGGGGUGGUUCCGAUGCCACGAUGCGACUGGGGUGGCCAGGACAGAGGGGAUAAGCUGUCGUUGUCGUAGGGGUGGCCGUCAGGAAUGUAUCAUUUCUAAGGUACCGUUUGUGUCGUAAUCGAGUGUCCACUGAAGACAAAGGUGAAGUAUCGAUACAGAAACAUUUCAACAAAAUUGAAUGAACGCCAUUGGGUUAUAUGAGCUUAGUAACUCGAGACUACCUAAAAUGGAACUACGUAUAGGAAAGCUACCUAAAGCAAAGAAAUGUGAAGCAGAGCUGCCUUUAUUGGAGCAUAGCAACUCAAAGCUGUAUAAAGUUCUAAAGCUAUCUAAUGCUACUCAACAAAAUUUCAAUAUCCAUGUCAACUUCAAAGUGUCAGAUGUCAAUGUUAUCGUUCAACUGACUUUUAUGUACAUUCCACCCGGACCCAGUGUGACGUCUCCAACGAUAGUUCGAUCUUGUUAGCGUCGAGGGUCCCCAUGAGCAAGUGGCCAAGAAAUUCCGUUUAAAUGUUUUAGUGGUUCGGAAGGAAUUGCAGAAGUUUGGUUAAUCGAUAAUCGUCUGGAACCCUGGCAAGAUUAAAUUUGCGACCCGAAUAACAAUCAGAUUAGGGUGAUCCAUAGCAUGGAAAUUCGUUGGUAACGAAUUAACAAAAGUGGCCAUUUGUCAGACGCGAGAAGUGGAAAUUGUUGAUGACCGGGAACGAUGAUCAGGAAGAGCUUCUGGUUUCUUGCUUAGCCUCAAGCUAGAGGGAUGAUUGAUCAUGGCAUUCUCUUGGAGGAAACUUUCCAUCCGGGGAUGACGUAUUUUCAACCCUGUUCUGUGAUUGGUCCAUGAAUUAGACCGUUAGAUAAAUAUUUGAACGAAUGUUGCAUUGAUAGUGGAAUAUCGAUACGUGACGUAGGAAUAGUGAUGGAAAGAAGGUUGGAGUCCUAGAGAAAAGGAAGAAGAAGAAGAAGAAGAAGGAACCUAGAGUACUAGAAGCCUUAAAGAAAAAGAAGAAGGCAAAAAUCGCAAAGAUCGCAAGAUUAUAAAAAUAUUCAGAAAUUAACAAAAUUUUAGAAAGGACAGGGCACCCCUGAAAGUUGUACAGAGUUGUAUUUUAUUGGCCACGAAAGGGGAAGCAUGGCACAGCAUCAACGACGAAGCCCAUAGAGGGGAUGGCUCAGGGGUUGCUAGUAAAGGAAUUGACCAAACAUAAUUUUGUUCGAUGUGUUCAGUUUGGUAAGUUUUGUCUGUUUGCCAAUAUCGUACAGUUUCAUUCAAUUACUAAGAAUUUUGUUCAAUUUUUUUGUUCAUUUUGUUCAACUUUUGUUCUACUUUUGUUUGAAUUUCGCCCAGUUUUAUUCAAUUUUGUUUAAUUUCCUUCCGUCCCUCCGAUUUUCAUUCAGUCUUCACCAAUCGGUCUCCAAAUCCCGACACGUUUCAACAAUCUACCCCAAACCCUUCGAACACCAAUAAACCCCAUAUUCCCAUUCCCUGAAAAUUCCAACAUCCUCUUCCACCUUAUCCAACAAAAACAAACCACCAACCCACCGACCAUCCCCUGAUAACACCAGGUUCAUUUCCAUCGCUAACAACCAGGGUGUCCUGUCAACCGAAGGGGAGCACCUUUAAGAGUGGGAGAACCAUCGGUAGUGGGAGGUUACCUCUCUCACCUUUCCGACAACCACCAAACACGACCAAGGCGUUUAUGGAAGGAGCGGGAGGGGGCGUCAGUAGGGUGGGGGGCGUCAGUAGUUACCCCUCCAUCAUUCUCAGCAAGGACCAAGCACGACAGAGACUCCUACGGAGACCAAGAGUGGGGGUCUCCCCCUCUCGCGCUUUCCUACAAGGACCAAGCGCAAACCGAGACGCACCGCCAAGAGUGGGGGGCGUCAGUAGUGGGCGUUUGCCCCUCCGCGGCUCUCACCAAGGGGCAAUCGCGCAGGGGCGGAGUGGGGGCCCCGCGGAGCGUAACUCAGCAGCACCCUUAGUGUGUGUCGCACUAAAAUGUGACUCUGGCCAAGCAGUACCGGUCGCCGUGUGUGUCGUUUGAGCGUGCGAGCGAGAGCGAGAGCGAGAGAGCGAGAGAGAGAGAGAGAGAGAGAGAGAGUCGUGCGUGUCGGAAUUUCUGUUAGUUUAGAAGAAUCCAGGCACGUAUCCAAGUGAACGGGAACGGGGUGGCCGUCGAAGAGGAUCAUCGCCGCAGCCAAGAGGGUGGACGACGACAGUACUGGCCCCCGUAUCAGGCCAGCCGUCGUUGGGGGAGCCGAAACAUAUCGUCUUAUCAGCGAGGAACGCCUAGUGGAGGGCAGCCAUAAGUUGACCGCGAGUAGAGUAGCAGAGAUCGAACCUGAAGGAGCCGACGUGCCAGAGGAUCCCCAUAGAGCGGAGGGUGGAACUCCUGGAGGCGAAAAGAGUGAAAGACGAGACGAUGUGCGGGUCUAAUUGAGCGUAGUCCGGGAACUGGUAUAGUUAGUGGACACGCAUAAGACGUGUGCACACACAGACGCACACAGGGGGUGAAACGUAGGUGCAUUAGGCGCGUAGCGACCCAGGGAACGCGACGGGGGCUACCUGGGGUUCGUCGACGGGGUGUUGUAAUCGUUAUCGUCGCGGGUCGCGUUUCUACGGUUAGAGUUUGUGUGUUGAAUAGGGGAGCUUGGGUGUCCACCUCGAUGACUGCUCGGGAUUAGUUUACUUCGUAACGUUCUACCGCGAACUGUGAUUCUUUGUGCCGUGGAAGAGGAGGGGAAGGAGUGGUUACUUCGACACGGAGCAGAAAGUCAGGAAAAAUGAAGCUGGAAUUGGAUAGGGAGAAGGGCCUGGAGCUCAUUGGGAAGUUCAUUCGAACGAAGAAUGUGGAGAGUCUUCAGGGUGACCAGGGGAAGGCUGGACCCGAGCCACUUCAUCCGACUGACUCCAAGCAGAAAUUACAGAAGUGCCUGACGACUCUGGACCUGACGUCUUUGGGAGUUGGCUCCUGCGUCGGGACAGGGAUGUACCUAGUCGCUGGAAUGGUGGCUCGCAGCGUCGCCGGACCUGGCGUCGUCAUCUCGUUCAUUAUUGCAGCUAUUGCUUCCAUUUUGUCCGGAGCGUGUUACGCCGAGUUCGGGGUGCGGGUGCCCCACACAUCAGGCAGCGCUUACGUGUACAGUUACGUGACAGUAGGCGAGUUAAUAGCAUUCAUUAUUGGAUGGAACAUGGUGCUGGAGUACCUUAUAGGUACGAGCGCGUGUGCCUGCGCCCUUAGCGCCUGCCUGGACGCCCUUUCCGAUGGCGCCGUUUCCGGCGCGAUAGCCAGCAGCGUCGGAACCAUUUUUGGCCGACCACCCGAUUUCCUGGCGUUCGUCAUCACCAUAUUGAUGAUGCUGCUGAUGGCCGCGGGCGUCAGAAAAUCCCUCAUGUUCAAUAACGUGUUGAAUGUCAUCAACCUCUCGGUCUGGGUGUUUAUCAUGACGGCGGGAAUGUUUUACGUGGACAGCGACAACUGGUCCGAGCACAGGGGCUUUCUUCCCUACGACUGGAGCGGUGUGUUCACCGGUGCGGCGACGUGUUUUUACGCGUUCAUCGGCUUUGACAUAAUAGCAACCACCGGCGAGGAGGCGACCAACCCCAAGAGGAGCAUCCCCCUCGCGAUAGUCUCGUCGUUGUUCAUAAUUCUCAUCGCUUACGUCACCAGCAGCAUGAUGUUGACGCUGAUUGUUCCAUACGACGAAGUGGAUCACGAUUCAGCAUUGGUGGAGAUGUUUGGCCAGGUUGGAGCCUACAAAUGCAAAUACAUCGUCGCGGUUGGUGCUCUGGCUGGAUUGACGGUUUCCAUGUUCGGCACCAUGUUCCCCAUGCCUAGGAUAGUCUACGCCAUGGCCCAGGAUGGCCUUAUAUUUAGGAGUCUGGCCCAAGUGUGGCCAGCAACGGGCACUCCAGCCCUGGCGACACUCACUUCCGGUUUGUGUGCAGCAAUGGCCGCCCUGCUGAUCCAGCUCGAGGUCCUGGUGGAAAUGAUGUCCAUCGGUACCCUGCUGGCCUACACCCUGGUGUCCACCUGCGUGCUGAUCCUGCGCUACCAGCCGCACACCACGAACCUGGUGGAGCUCCUACCGCAGAGCCUGAAGACGCCUUGUCGAACGCCAACGAAAGAAACUCAGGGAAACGGUCAAGUGACCUAUGGCAAGGAGCUUCGACCUGAUCAAUUGACCACUGCUCUGAACACUGUCCAAGCGUCGCAAUCGGAGCUUGCAGCGGCCAACAAUGGCCAACGUAUCAUGGUGAGACGAGUGAGGAGAGCCAACAGCUCUUCGCCAGACUCCGACGACACUUACGGAGCAGAGGAGGACGAGGUAGGAUUGGGGAAGGAUGACCAGUAUUUGGUCAGCGAUAGAACCGAGAAUAAAUUCUACGGAAGCGUACACGCAGCUGCGGCAGCGUCCAGUUGCGGAAGCGCGCAUCAAUAUCCAGGAACAACGCCGAUAAUAGGGCCGCCAUUGAAUUAUCUUCAGCGCCGUCUUCAGGCAGCACAGUACCUAUGUCCUGCAAUUUUCCCUUGGGUGGACCGAGGCCCAGCGACGGAGGCGUCUGGACGCUACGUCAUGAAGCUAGUAGGGAUUCUCUACCUUCUGAUCCUAAUUUUCGAUCUGAUUAUCGUUUGUGGCAUGGGAAACAUGGGAACAUUCACCACGUUAUUAAUGUUCAUUUUCCUCUUCGCCAUAAUUGGAGUGUUGCUCGCCAUCAGUAGAAAGCCACAAAACAGGAACAGCAUGAUGUUCAUGACCCCGGGACUGCCAUUCGUCCCUGCGAUCGCUGUCACCGUGAAUAUAUACCUCAUCUUCAAGCUGAGCAUCUUGACUCUCGUCAGAUUCACGGUGUGGAUGAUACUUGGCUUCAUCAUGUACUUCUACUACGGCAUCAAGCACAGCAGCCUGGAGGAGGCCAGCGCGUCCGAGACCCAAGAAGAGUCCGUGACAGCAGGUAACAUAGAGCUGACGGUGACGGAUACUCAAAGACAACAACCUCAGCAUCCGUCGUCCUACUCGACGACCGAUCGCAACAUCUACGAAGGCCAACAGCUAGACGCGUUCGGUCAGCCUGUGUUCGGCAGCACGAACUUCGGUGGGACACCUAGCCAAAGGCCAACCACAGCUACUGGCCAGCCACUCUUCGUCGAUCAGGGGAACUUCCCCACCUGGGACGACUGAGUGCUGAACGAAAUCCACACAAAUAUAUAUAUUUGAAGAUAUAAGAUAAAUUAUUACGCAAGCCUGACAGGCAUCGAAUGUUCGCCGGCGAAUAAAUGACCCUUGGAGCUCGCGGUGGGCCCUGGCCUCUGGAUCAUGAUCGAAAGAUGAUGAGACGUAGCGUUGGUCCUUCGAGAGACUGUUUUGUAUUUUUAGUUGGGUAGAGGGCUGGAGAGCAGUGGCGAUGAGUUUUUAGAUGGUGUCUUACGUUGUGUUUGGAUUCUUUGAGAGCAGAGUGGUGGUCUAUCUUCUUGGGCCCUCGAAAGAGAUUCUUGGGAGGGUUCAUCAUCCUGUUUCUCUUUGGAUUUUCAUGUUCCGUUAUGGAAUGGUACAGUUGGGAGGCGUGGUAAUUAUUUAGAAUUGGGAGGGGGCGAGGUUGAUAUGCUGAAGGCCUUUAUCCUAUAAUUUUGUUGAAUAUUGAUGUGGCUAAGCUCAAAGCUCUGGGGUAGUUUUUGAAGUAGCACUGUCGAGAGUUUUUGUUUUGUAAAGAAAUUCAUCUAGCUCAAAGCUCUGGUAGCUUUCCAUUUAGCUCAAAGCUUAAGCAGCUUUCUACCAUCGAAAAAAUUCGGGUUAUUUGAACAUAAUUUGAUACAAUGUUCCUUUAAUGUCGUCAACUUUAGAUUAUUGGUGGUGGUAGGUCUUAAACUUUCCUCCUGAGGAACCUAACUCAAAGCUCCGGUGGCUUUCCAUUUAGCUCAAAGCUCAGAUAGCUUCCCACCAUCAAGAAAAUUUGUUUUGUUUGGACAUCAUUGGAUCGAAAGCUCAUUUAGUUCCUUCGACUUUAAAUUGUUGAUGGUAGAAGGUUGUAAGCUUCCCUUCCAAAGGAAUCCACCUAGCUCAAAACUCAGGUAGCUUUCCACCAUGAAUAAUAUUUCUUGUGUUUGGAUAUUAUUUGAUCCAUAGUUCCUUUAGUACCUUCAGCUAUAGAUUGUUAAUGGGAAAGGUUUUAAGCUAUCCUUCUAAGGGAAUCCACCUAGCACAAAGCUCAGGUAGCUUUCCAUUUAGCUUAAAGCUCAUUUUGCUUUCCACCAUCAAGAAUAUUUAUUCUGUUUAGAUAAUCUUUCAUUUAGAGGUCAAUUACUAUCAGAAACGCACUGAUUUCUAGCUUUGCCCAGGUGAUUCCAUCUCGAUGACCUCGAGGAAUGGUCCUUUUUUCAUAGAAAAUGGUCAUCAUGUUGGUCGAUGAUCGAUCAGGCAAUGCUGCUUCGAAAUUCCGAGCUUCCCUGACAGAUUUCGCUUCUCAGCGAACGAGAACGUCAAUUUCCAAUCAAUCCUGAUCGAUCAUUGCCAGGGAUGCACCUUCAGGAUCCUCAGCCGAUCACCUACUCUUCCGAACAGGGCCGUGCUUAGGCAUUUCAACACCUGGUUCGAUAACAGAACCCUUUAUCUAUUUGUUUAAAGUGUAAAACAUUUUUUUGGAUUUUGUUGAUAUAUAUAUAACAGUUUCUAGUAAAAUGGAUUUUUGAAUUUUGUUCAAAAGCGUUUGAAAGGUGCUGCAAACUUUUUUAAAUAAAUUAAAAUUGAAGAUUGCAGCUGUUCAUUGAUAGUCAAAUUAUGAGUACCAUAUUUAAAUUUGAGAAACUAAAAAUUACGUGAGUUAAAAAUAGAAUUGAGAAAAGAAUUUGAUGAAUUUAAAAAAUGUAAAACAUUAACAAAAAUUUUAAGAAUUCAACGUUUUUAGAAAUUAUAAGAAUUAAAAAGAUUUGUUCUGCAAUUGGAAAUAUUCGUCUAUAAAAAAUUCUUAUACUUUUUAAAAUAAAUGACACUAUUCUCUAAAGAAUAUUAUCAACCAAAUAAUUAAUUUAACUUCGUUUAACGUACUUCGUUAAUUUCAUUUCAAGGGUGUCCUCGUGCCUAGUCGCGGUCCCGCACUCGAGAAUUAAUUUAAAACCAAAGCAAAACGGCGUAUCCGCGAGCCUCCUACAGGGACGUACUUGUUGACUACUGUUUUCGGGACGAAUGUAGCAAAUAAUUUUCCGCGGCAAUAUUUAUUAUCCUAGUUGUAUAAAGAGAUUAAAAAAAAAAGGGGGGGGGGAUCGUCGUUGACGAGGCAGAGUCGUCGAAGCACAGAACGGAAUGCUUAAUAAAAAAAAAAGCUGCAGGGGAUGAAAGGUGGGGGAUGAAUGACGAGACCAUUAUCAUUCCUAGCAUAAGGCGAAACUUGUGUUUUCCAAAAGAGCAUUUUAACUGCUAAGAGAUAAGUUUAAACGUACCGCUAGUCACGAGAGAAAAAUAAAGAGAGAGUAAAGAGGGAAAAGUGAACGCGUGUGUGUACGUGCGUGUGCGUAUGUGGGUGUAUGUGUGUGUAAGAGAGAGAGAGAACUGGCAUGAAACUGAAAAAUUUCGUUCCUGAGUGGAUCGAUAGGAAACGAAGAAAAUUAUCGAAAAAAAAACCACAAAAAAAAGAAUACUUGAAAAAAUAUAUUUAACUUGCCUAAAUCUAGUCUUUCCCGUAAGAAGGAAGUUUAGCGUAACGUACUGUAAUCCUAAACCUAAGCUUAACUGUAAACUUGCGUGCGUCUUUACCUCGAUUAACGAUUAAGGAAAAUGAAGAUCGUUUGUCCACAUUGGUCGUUCCAUCGGUUCUUUCCACGGAUCGCUUAAGGGUUGCAGCGUCCCCUGCUUUCGACGCCACUGGGAAGGGCUCAAGUACGUUUGGGUGCCGCGGGAGGUCGCUUCGAGAUUCAAAUUACCGGAAGAAAAUUAAUUAUGUUCCAAUAUAUGUUCAUCAUGUUCCAAUACUGCCCCUUACGUGUAAUUGUUUUUAGUAUUUAUCGUAUAUGUAUAUACCUAGACGAAACUUGCACAGAAAUUUCUUUUUGUUGAGACUAGCUGCCUGUGAGAGAGAAGUAUGUACAUAUCUUAGGGCUUCGUUAUACGCAGGAAGGAUGUUUGGAAAUAUAAUAGUGAAACAAAUGAUGAUUUGAGAGUCAAACAGGUAUUUGCACACUUACUGUUUGUAUGAUAGAUUUAUUUUUCUUAUUGAACGGGAUUUGGGAAAGAGAAAAGGGGGAAAAGGAAAAAGGGAAAGCGAAGAUGGAAAAGGGAAGAAGGAAAGAGGAAAGAGAUGCAGGAAAAGGAAAGAAGGAAAGCGAGAAAGGGGAAAGAGACUAAGGAAAAGCGAAAUGGAUAUAAGAAAAGCGGAAAAAAUCAUGGAAAUAGGAAGAGGGAAAAGGAAAAUGGAAAUGGGAAUAAGGAAACAAAUCUAGAACCGAUAUUGACAGAAAAGAAAUAGGAAACUUCUCGAAGGGGAAAUGUAAUAGACAGGUCAGCUUCCAGGGGGGGCAGCCCACGUACUUUGCGUCUCUCCGUUUCUUCUAUUCUCAGAUCUACAUAUCGAUCGGUGAUCUAUUUCACAUAUCAAUCUGCAACUUUUGCAGGGAUGGCAUCCGUGAGACUGUAGAGAGAAUGUAGCGAGAGAAUGCUCGAGAUUGAUCUAUAUAUUUAUCUUUAAGUAUUAACGCGUCUGUUAAAAUUUUCUAAUAUAUAUAUAUAUUAUAUAUAUUAUAUAUUAUAUACAUGUAUUAUACAUACGUACGACGAGAUACUUUUUAUGAGGAUGGUUCGAUCGAGAUCGAUUGAUCCAUAGAGGCUACUGCAUUAGGCUUUUCAGUUAUUAAUCUUAACUCCCUAUAACGUCGACAUGGAUUGCUACUGCUAGAGAAAGGGGAAAUCAGUAAAAUGGAAAAUAAGGAAAGGAACAGGAAAUAUGAAAAAUUAGAAGUGGAAAUAAAGAAAAUGAGAAAAGGGAAAUGGAACACUGUAAACGUAAAUGAAUGAACUGAACUCCCCGACUCUAUCUAACAGUUUCUCCAAUCCACUGUUAGCAGCUAGAUCAAAUGUUAAGCCAUUGAGGCAAUUUAAGUGACAAUAUUUUCCAUUUCCCAGUAAUCCAUUGAAUUGUUCAAACCAUAAGUUAACAUAGUAUAUAAAAAAAACACUUGCCCACUAAUAACAAACGAAGAAGACGUUUGAAAAUACAGAGAAGCGAUCAAAGACACUUCUUCGAGUCCCGGGGAUUAAUUUAAUGUCAAAAGUGAAACCUCGGUAGAAAAUGGAUUCUAUGCAAGUACGUUCAACAGUGAUACUCCCUGGUACAUUAGCUCCAACGUAGAAAAAGUCUCUUCCCUUUGAAUUUGAAUGCAGAAGCGAUUCUCUGAAAUUGACAUAUCUAGACUUUCCUAUUACAUAUCUAGACUUUCCUCGACCAAGAAACGAAUUGACUACGAAUUUUCCAUCGAACUCGAUCCAUAUCUUCUUGUAGACUUCUCGGGUCUUCCUGGAGACUAUCAAUUCCCCAGACUUCUGACGAAUUUUCGAAAUAUUUUUGGAAAAUCUUGGGAGUCGUUUCAAGAUUUCGAACAAUAUUCCUUCUUUGCUAAUUGGUCCUUUCAAUGGCACAACGAUAGAUCGCUAGGGAUUUCUUUUGUUGUUUCUUGGAAGAAGUCUCGAGAGCCUCUCACUGGAAAAUAUCAAAGAAAAUGGGGCCGAAAAAAUAGAAUCUUGGCGCGACGUAUUGCUAUUUGCUUCUUUUGGUUAGCAUUUCAAAUUCUUGUAUAAAAGGAAAUGGCCUAUUGUGUGGCUGCAGGAUGAACCUUGAACGCUUUUCAGGAACACGAGGAGGUAGAAAGUUAGUAGGGAAGAUGAAAUCAGUGGUGAAAUGAUUCAAAUGGUAUCGUUCCAAACAAGUAAUACGGUAUUAUCAUUUUCUGAAACUAUUCAUUCUAUUUCUAUUGGACCUUCGAGUUUAGACUUUGGAUUCUGGUUCUUGGAUCUUGGAUCUAGGAUCUUGGAUGAAGGAUCUUGAGUCUAGAAUACUAGACUCCUUGGACCUUAGAUAUCUCAUACCACAUUAAUCGCUUCGUUCAAGACGCAGAUACUAUUGUCAAUGAAUCUUAAGUGAUUGUCUUCGCUGCUUUCUCGCUUCUUCUUUUAUUAUAUCUGAAUCCUUGUCAUCUAAAACGAUUGUUUCUGCAAAACAACUGCGAUCGUAUCAGUGAAACAAAGAUCUACUAAAGUUCCAUUAAAACGAAAUACUUUUCGAAAAUGUCUACACUUUCAUUGAAGGCAUCAAGUGGACAUGGAAAAAAAAGGUAAAUAGGAAAUAGAAAGUGGGAAAUUUGGAAUUGGAAAUUAGAAAUGAGAAAUUUGGGAUUAGUCGAGGGACGAAGAGUAGCGAAAAGAAUGAGUGUAUUAGUAGCGAGAAGGUGAGAGUGAAACAGAGCAAAAGGGAGAGAAUGAGAGAGAGUGCAAGUGAUCGGUGUACAUCUUAUGAUUUGUUUUCUUCUCUCGGGAAAACCGCAUGUUGAAGAGAUAUGUGCGCACCAGAAGGACAGAAUUUUCCAUGUAAUAUAUAUACCCUUACGUAACUACGUUGUUUAAUAUUGAUAAGGAUCAAAAAUAAAAGUGAUUAUUCAGAAACUAA